UCCCGGAUUUAGCGGAUUUUUACCCAAAGGUGAGAUACAGUGAAAUGUAGCAGCUGAGCUGCUCGGGGAACAGCUAGUGGACAUUCUGGAGUCAUGAACCUCUGCAUUUUUCUUCCAGGGUCCUGAUUCUUUACACCUCUGAUCAUGAAAUCAGAGUCCAGAAGGAGAUCUUUAGGAGAACCUCCACACACUGCUGCUGCUGCUGGAUCAAAGAUGCACCACUGCUCAGAUUGUGGAAAGAGUUUUACUAAAAUCGCUCUUCUGAAAAUACACCAGCGUAUCCACACAGGAGAGAAGCCGUAUCACUGUGGACAGUGUGGGAAGAGUUUUACUCAUCAGGGUCAUCUCAAAGUGCAUCAGCGUAUCCACACAGGAGAGAAACCAUAUCACUGUGGACAGUGUGGGAAGAGUUUCAUCCAAAUAUUUUCUCUUCAAAGACACCAGCGUAUCCACACCGGAGAGAAGCAGUAUCACUGUGAACAGUGUGGGAAGAGUUUUAUCCAAUUAUCUCAUCUUCAAAGACACCAACGUAUUCACACAGGAGAGAAACCGUAUCACUGUGAACAGUGUGGAAAGAGUUUUGCUUGUCAACGUAAUCUUCAAACACACCAGCGUAUCCACACAGGAGAGAAACCAUAUCACUGUGGACACUGUGGGAAGAGUUUUAAUCGUCAGGGUUAUCUCAAAGUACAUGAACGUAUCCAUACAGGAGAGAAGCCGUAUCACUGUGGACAGUGUGGGAAGAGUUUUAAUCGUCAAGGUAGUCUCAGAAUUCACCAGCGUAUUCACACAGGGGUAAAGCCAUUUUACUGUGGACAGUGUUCGAAGGGUUUUACUCGUCAGCGUAGUCUCCAAACACACCAGUGUAUCCACACAGGAGAGAAGCCGUAUCACUGCUCACAGUGUGGGAAGAGUUUUAGUGUUCGGAGUAUCUUACUCAGCCACCAGCAGAGUCAUACAGGACAGAAGCCGUACAUCUGUGGACAAUGUGGACGGAGCUAUGUUCAUCAAAGGUCAUUAAGGACACACAAGUGCCUUACUGAUAGUUGUAUCAACUUGGAAAAACAGUGGACCAUGGCUAAGAUGAUCCACUGCUCAGAUUGUGGGAAGAGUUUUACUAAAAUUGAUCUUCUGAAAAGACACCAGCGUAUCCACACAGGAGAAAAACUAUAUCACUGUGAACAGUGUGCAAAGAGUUUCAAUCGUUUGUGUCAUCUCAAAGAACACCAGCGUAUCCACACCGGAGAGAAACCAUAUCACUGUGAACAGUGUGGAAAAAGUUUUAUUUGUCAGCCUGAACUUUUACGACACCAUCGUAUUCACACGGGAGUAAAGCCAUUUUACUGUGGACAAUGUGGAAAGGCUUUUGAUCGAGGCAGUGAUCUUAAGGCACACCAGCGUAUCCACACAGGAGAAAAGCUAUAUCACUGUACACAGUGUACGAAAAGGUUUACAGAUCAAGCUAAUCUUUUAAUACACCAGCGUAUCCACACAAGAGAGAAACUAUUUUACUGUGGACAAUGUGGGAAGAUUUUUCGGCAAAGGAUACAUCUUCAGACACAGGAGCGUUUACACAUGGGAGAGAAGCCGUAUCACUGUGGACAGUGUUCCAAGGGUUUUACUCGUCAGAGUAGUCUCCAAGCACACCAGCGUAUCCACACUGGAGAGAAGCCGUAUCACUGUGAGCAGUGCAGGAAAAGUUUUAGAGUUUGGAUUUCUCUUCUGAAAACACACCAGCGUAUCCACACCGGAGAGAAGCCGUAUCAGUGUGAGCAGUGUGGGAGGACUUUUAAUCAUCAGAGUAGCCUUCAAAUACACCAGCGUGUCCACACAGGAGAGAAACCAUUUCAGUGUGGAGAAUGUGGCAAGGGUUUCAUUUGUCAAAGUAAUCUUCAGAUACACCAGCACAUCCACACCGGAAAAAAGCCGUUUUGCUGUGAACAGUGUGGGAACAGUUUUACUUGUCAGCAUAGUCUUCAAGUACAUCAGCGUAUCCACACAGGAGAAAGACCAUAUCACUGUGGACAGUGUGGAAAGAGUUUUUCAAAUCAGAGUAGUCUUCUUAGACACCAGCGUGUCCACACAGGAGAGAAACCAUACCACUGUGGACAAUGUGGGAAGAGUUUCAAUCAUCAAAGUAGCCUCCAAAUACACCAGCGUAUCCACACAGGAGAGAAGCCGUACCAGUGUGGAGAAUGUGGCAAGGGUUUCACUUGUCAGAAUAAUCUCCAUAGACACCAGCGUAUCCACACAGGAGAGAAGCCGUAUUGCUGUGGACAAUGUUUGAAGAGGUUUAUUCAUCGGAGUAAUCUCCAUAGACACCAGCGUAUGCACACAGAGAAGCCGUACCACUGUGGACAAUGUGGACGGAGUUAUGCUCAGCAAAGAUCUUUGACGAAACACAAGUGCCCUAACAUAACACCAUCAACUCCUGAUAUGAAUUUGUCAAAUAUCAACCCUAUGAACCAAAUGAAUGGAGGAUUGCAGACGAAAUCUCUAAAAGAGGAAGAACCUGAGGAUGAAAAAUCCCCCUGUAAGACAAGUAAUGGCGCAUCUGUCCAUGAGGUCUACAAGACUCCUGUGGAACAGCAGAAUGAAGGAUUUCAGGAAAAGCUUAUAAAAGAGGAAGGGCCUGAUGAUGAUUAUUUGUACUGUGAGGUGUGCAAAACCUUCUCCAUCAACAAGUGUGAAGUUCACAGUCCUCAUCUUAAAUCACACCACACAGAAGAGAAGCCAUACAACUGCUCGCACUGCGGGAAGAGUUUUUCUUCACAAAGCAAUGCGAGGGCCCAUGAGCCCAUUCAUACGGGAGAGAAGCUGCAUCGCUGCUCACAAUGUGGGAAGAGUUUUGUCCACCAGAGCAGUCUGAGAUCACAUCAGCGCAUUCACACCGGAGAGAAGCCGUACGAGUGCUCGCAUUGUGGCAAGAGCUUUGGUCAUAGAGAUACCCUCAAGAAGCACCUGCACGUUCACACUGGAGAAAAGCCGUACAAGUGUUUACAGUGCGGCAAGUGUUUUAGUGACCGAGGAACUUUCCGAUCGCACCAGUACAUCCACACGGGAGAGAAACCCUAUCACUGCACGGAGUGCGGGAAGAUUUUUACUCGACACAGUUCUCUCCAGCAGCACCAGCGCGUUCACACCGGGGAGAAGCCGUAUUACUGCUCAAAGUGCGGCAAGAGUUUCAGUCAGCACGGUACGCUCCUGCAGCACCAGCACACUCACACCGAAGAGAAGCCGUACCAAUGCUCGCAGUGUCGCAAGAGAUUUAACAGGCAGCGAAAUCUCCAGACACACAUGCGCAUCCACACUGGAGAGAAGCCGUAUCACUGCUCGCAGUGCGGGAAGAGUUUUAGUCAUCAUAGCACCCUGAAGCGACACCAGCGGGUUCACACCGGAGAGAAACCGUACCGCUGUUCAUACUGCGGCAAGAGUUUUACUCAGCACGGCACCCUGCAAUCGCAUACCCGCAUCCACACCGGAGAGAAGCUCCAUCACUGCUCACAGUGUGGCAAAACAUUCAACCGACAGAGCUCUCUCCAAAUACACCAGCGCAUUCACACGGGAGAGAAGCCUUAUUGCUGCUCGCAGUGUGGGAAGAGUUUCAGUCAAAACGGUACUCUCAAACAACACCAGCGCGUUCACACCGGAGAGAAGCCGUAUCACUGCUCACACUGCGGAAAGAUUUUCAGCCAGCAGAGUACUCUCCACCAACACCAGCGCAUACACACCAAGCAGAGCCUGUAUCAGGAUACAGCAUGGGAAGAGCUUUAAUGAAGACGUGUUCAGUCAGGAGAGGAUGCAGUGCCACUGCUCAGAAUGUGGACACAAAUGCAAGAGAGGGUUUUACAAUAGACAAUGUUGACUAGUCAGUAGCAGUUAGCAUAGCAGUAGAAAUGAAGACCACCUAUACGAAGGAUUGUUUUCAAAUGUAGUAUAUAAAAAAUACACUGGACCAAAAAUAGGCCAUUGUGUAACAACAAAGUUUACCGUUCGUCCAGUAAGGCAUGUAGAAUGUGUUCAACCAAGUAGAGGGUGAUGUUCUUGCUGGCUCUUAAGCAGUGUUUAAGAUUAUUUACAGCUUCUAAAUGUAAUUUUAACUCUUUUUAAAUAUACAUUAUAUUAAUUUUAAUAGAUUGAUAAUUAUUCCAUAUUACUUCCUCUCAAAUCCCAUGUGAUUGUUCAUUUUUUAGAUGGUACAAGAAUUCAGACUUGACUGCAGCAUGAACAAGAGACUGGAUCCUCCUCGCAAUUAGACCAAAACCUUAAAUCUUCACUAUCCGUUUUACUGGUACUCUUAAUUUAAACUGGGACUUUGGGUUGGGAUGAAGUUCAGGGACCAUACACCAAGCUGACUCAUUAUAAACAAACUAAAUAAAUGUCAUGUUCUCCUUA